CUCAGAGAUUGUUACAAGAUAAGGAUGCCGCACUUCUAUACAAGGAUUUAGCCAACCAGCUGCAUGAGCAUCUGUUUCAGGAUGUAUUCAAAUACAUGCCUCUGGACUCUACAAGUACUUCAUUACUAAAUCUUGGAUCAGAGCUGAGAACAAUUCUGAAGAUACUGAUAGAUUAUUGGCAUUGGAAUCAUUUAAAAUGUCUCCAUCCAGGCCAAUAUGCUCUAAAUAUAUCUAUUGAUGGAUUGACUCGACCUAAGUUCAUCCUCUACACUGUGUUACAGACUAUUCCGAGUUAUUUAGUGGACAGAGAAGCCCAAACCAGAAAUAUGAUAACGCCUACCAGAGGAGUGCAAAAAGUGAUCCAUUAUGUUGAAUCCUCCAUUCAGUUCCUUCGGGUGUUAAACUUCCUUAAAUUUUUACAAGAGGGAUUGUAUCCAAAUCUGACCACAAGACUUUUGAAACUCAAACCAAAUGUGCCAAAAUCAGGUCAAGCUGUCGAUGGCGGUGCCCUCUCUAGGGAAUUGUUUUGGCAUACCUUAUUGGAACUGGUGACAAUACUAUUGCCCCUGGUUCAAGGCAGUAAAUUGGACAAUUGGAUUCAAGCCAAAUUAGCUCAAGAUAAGCCUGUCCAAACGGAUUCGACAAUUUGCUCCAUUUGUGAUCAAACUCUAAUUAUUCCAUCCUCAUGCUCAACUUGUUCCCACAUCAGCUGCCACUUUUGUCUAUCAACUGCUUUGAGGUCAAAUGAGGUCUAUAACUGUGCUGUGUGCGGUGUAGUGCAGGAUAAGACGUCCCUCAGACAAAUAAAGUUGUAAAUAGUCCAGUCUAAUAACUCAGUGUACAGCAAUUUAACGA